AUGGAGAAGAUCAAGAAUCUGGCCAACGGUCUCAACGGGACCAGUCAUGGCAAGGAUGUCGUCAACGGCGCUGGAGCCCAGCCUUCAUCGAGCCCAAACAGAGUUGGACCUACAAGUCCCUUGGUCGACGAUCAUCCGACGCCUCUCAAGGUCCUAAUUAUCGGCGCUGGCAUAGGAGGCUUGUCAGCCGCUGUUGGCUUGCGCAAGAAUGGUCACCAAGUCGAGCUUUACGAGCAAUCGAGAUUCGCCAAUGAGACGGGUGCCGCAGUGCACUUGGCACCCAAUGCCAACGGUGCGCUGAGGAAAUGGGGCAUCUUCGCAGAGGACUUCGGCGCCACGUUGAUGCAAUACAUGGAGGAGCGCACCGAGAAAGGAGAAGUACUCAAGGACCUGGACUUGAGGGGAAUGAACGCACAGUGGCAGCACCCAUGGCAUCUGAGCCACCGAAUCAACCUACACGAGAAGCUCAAGACGAUUGCCACGGCCGAGGAUGGCGUGGGCACCCCGGCAAAGCUGAACACCUCGAGCAGGAUCGUGAGCGUGGACCCAGAGAAGGGCCAAGUGAGCCUUGCGGACGGCACAACUGUUAUUGGCGAUGUGAUUCUGGGAGCGGAUGGUAUCUACUCCAAGUCGAGGUCUGUCAUCAAGGAGACCAAGCUGUUUGGCUCUGGAAAGGCCGCUUUCCGCUUCUUGAUCCCUCGACAAGCCGGCCUCGACGAUCCAGUCACAAGGCCGCUCGUGGAGAAGGGGAACAAGCUGGUUAUCUGGUAUGGCGCAGACCGCAGAAUCGUCAUGUAUCCAUGCAACGACAACAAAUUACUCAACUUCAACUGUAUACACCCUGAGUCUGAGUCUCACGCCAAUGCCAGUGACGAGUGGAACAAGGAAGGCGAUUUCGACCAGUUCCUCAAAGUCUACAAGGACUUUGAUCCGGCGCUCUUAGCCCUAGCCAAGAAGGUGGACCCGACGAGCAUAAAGGUUUGGCAAUUGAUGGAUAUGGAAAAGUUGCCCACGUGGACGCAGGGAAAGCUCGCGCUGCUUGGAGAUGCUGCUCACCCCUUCACUCCGCACCAGGGCCAGGGAGCUGGCCAGGCCAUUGAGGACGCUGCCACCAUAUCCGUUGUGCUUCCCAGGGGCACAUCCCCUGAAGCAGUCUCUGAUAGGUUGAAGCUGUACGAGAAGAUCAGAUACGACCGCGCUCAUCAGAUCCAAGAGUACUCUCGCCAAGCUGGCAAGGAUUGGAUAGAUGGAAAGCCGCAAAUCGACAUGAUGGCAUACACCGCCUACAACUUUGGCCAUGAUGAGAUCGACAACUCCAACAACAUCUUCAAGCGUUGGAAGUGGAGCCUGAAGCCCAACAUGUACUGGCGCAUGCCGACUGCUUUUGGGCCCUUUCCCGGGCCACGACAGGAUAUAUACGGCCGCUCACUCCAGGAGGGUCUCCAACGAACCUUCAACACCGUCUCGGUGAAGUUCAAGACGUCGCGGACCUACUUGGAGACACUGUUCCCCAACUCAUCCUUCCGCUUCAAGAGCCCGGCCUCGGUGUGCCAGGCGUCCAUCUCGAUGACGGAGCUUGGCAACAUGGCGUGGCUGGGCGGCAACGGGUACCGGCACAUCGGCUUGUACAUCCACGGGGUCGAGUACGUCAAGAAGGACGGCAGCACGAUCCCGGGGACGUACAUGCCGGUGCUGUUCGAGUCGCUGACGGACCCGAUCGUGUCGGGCCGCGAGGAGCUCGGCAUGCCCAAGCUGUUCUGCGACGUCGACGUGCACCGGCGCAGCCGCUCGGUGCGCGUGGCCGCGAGCUGGCGCGGCGCCAAGUUCAUCGACCUGAGCGUCACCGACCUCGAGGAGGACGACGUCUCCACCGAGGCGGGCACCAUCGGCGGCGAGGCCGACCACGGCAUCCUGGUGUACCGCUACAUCCCCGCCGUGGGCCAGCCCGGGGUGUCGGACGCCGAGUACGCGGUCGUGGUGCCGCAUGCGGAGGAAGAGCCCAAGGCGACGGUGACCAAAGUCCUGCGGGCCCCCGUGGCCCAGGGCAAGAAGGCGGGCGCGAAGAUUGAGAUUGAUGGGCUGGACUGGGAGGCAUUGCCUACGCUUCACCACGUGGCGGGAGCCCUUGCCGAGGUUCCUAUCUACGAGAUUGUGAGUGCUAAGGUGGUUGAGGGCACGGGUGUGCCGGAUGUGAGUGCUGCUAGGAGGAUUGAGUAA